AUGUACAGUCUAACGAAGCUCAGUCGGCAACUCUGGAAGUUGGAGAGAACUAGUGUGCGUUCCUUUUUCGUGGAACGGGCGUUUACCCUGGGAACCCGAAGUACACGGGGUCGGUUGAGCACCAGUGCGUCGGUCUCGAGCAGUGCGCAACCAGCCACAGCAGCCGCAACGGCUCCGGAACCUCCCAAGCCACCGCCGAAACCAGACCACGUGCGUCUGAAGAUUGAUGGAAGAGAGGUGGAGGUUCCUCGGGCGAGCACAGUGAUUCAAGCGUGUCAAGCUGCUGGCGUGAACAUCCCUCACUUUUGCUACCACGAGCGGCUGUCUGUGGCUGGCAACUGCCGCAUGUGCUUGGUUGAGGUUGAAAAGAUGCCCAAGCUUGCAAUCAGUUGUGCGCUGCCCGUCAUGGAUGGCAUGAGCAUCAUAACAGACUCGCCGCGGGUGAAGAAAAGCCGUGAGGCUGUGCUUGAGUUUUUGCUCAAGUCGCACCCGCUGGACUGUCCAAUAUGCGACCAAGGUGGCGAAUGUCAACUACAAGAGCUAAGUAUGGUGUUUGGUUCCGAUCGAGGACGCUACUACGAGUACAAGCGCACCGUCGACGACAAGUACUGGGGCCCGCUCAUCAAAACCGUCAUGACGAGAUGCAUCCACUGUACGCGCUGCGUUCGUUUUGCCGAGGAGGUCGCAGGUGUUGCGGAUAUCGGCACCGCCGGACGUGGCGAAUCGACCGAGAUCACCAUGUAUUUGCCGGAAAAGUUCUUCCAAUCGGAGCUCAGUGGCAACGUGAUCGAUUUAUGUCCAGUUGGAGCACUUACUCGAAAGCGUUAUGAGCAUUGA